AUGUUAUUUUCCUUCUUAGCCAUUUUAUAUCCAAUUUGAUCAAGAAACUCUCAGUUUCUUAAAACUUCUACAUCCAGCUUAGGUACCCUGAACAGCCAGAGAGGAGACAAAGCAUAUUUUUACGAGAGGAGAUCGACAGAAGUCAUUAACCAAAGUUUUAGAAAACUCAAACUCAAUAAACUGUAUGAUAAAGGAGUAUUAGGUGUAAAAACCAGCGAAACUACUAAAAAUUCAUGCUACGAUACUCAAUUUGGUGAUAUGACAACUCAUGAGGGAAAUCUCGCUCUUCAGUACCAAGUUCCUCCAGCUGAUUACAGCUCUUUAUGAAAGAGGUCAUCCUCAGAUCUUGGAUUUAAAGCGAAAACAAGACUUAAUAAAAACUUUCAGUUGAUUUCGGAAGAUGAAUUUAGGGCUAAAAAUCUGAAAAUUUUAAACCAAAAAAUAGGGCAGAUUAUGAAGCUUCAGAAAGAUAAAGACUUUCAAGAGGUUAACACCUCCAUAACUUUAAAGACUAAAAAGAGUUUUCCUAAGUAUAAGGGAAAGAGCAAAAUUUCAAAGAAAGAGAAAAGAGAGAUUGAACAAAAGCCUAUUGACGAGUUCUACAGACUUCAGAGCCCAACUUCAUUAGUACAUGAAUCGCCUUUGAAAAAUGCGGCAGAAACUGGACCUUUCAUGAGUGACAGUACAACUAAUUCACCAAAUAAUAAAAUGAGAGAAAGUUUAGCAAGUUACAUCAGGAACAAAUGUCGUCAGAAGAAGUUCAUCACCCAGAAGAGAGCUGAAAGCUCAAGGGUAAUACAAAGAGGUUUCAACUGGUCAAAGAGCAGGCUGAAGAGAUAUAGGAUGUUCUUGAAGACAAAUAGCUUGCAUCUUAAAAAUGAUACAGAAUCAUAA